AUGAAGUUCUCCAUCGUCGCCAUUGCUGCUCUAGCCACCGCUGUCUCUGCCCAAUGGGCGCCCCAGCAAGACUCUCAGUACCAGCAGCCUCAAAACCAGCAGCCUCAGUACGGACAGCAGCCCCAGUACGGGCAGCAGCCUCAGUACGGGCAAUACCAGCAACCCCCUCAGUACCAGCCUUCUGCUCAGCAAAAUAAGUACUCUCCUGCUGAGGCCGCCGCCUGGCACGGGUGUAUUGACGGCCUGCUCGACCAAUUCAACAAUGGUCACACCGGCACAAAUGUGGCCUGCUCGCUCUGGACCUGCCUGGAAAACAACGCCGGAAAGUACAACCGUGGCGGUGCUCUGGCUUCUGUCGGCAGCGCUGUUAACCUGGUCUGCAAAGGUUCAGGUCUCAUCCCUAACUUCUUUUGA